GAAAAUAUAUUUCAAAGAACGGCAAUCUUCCUUGAAGAUAAAUUGUCAGCAAUGCCCCUUCCAGACUUGAUCGCCGAGUUUGCAAGUGGAUUAGAGGCCGCAACUCGUGCAAUCUACCAUUCGGAGCAAGAAAUUUGCACUCCGACGAAUCUCGCCAGAGUCGUUCAGAUUUACUCGAAUAUUACAUUCGAUCUUGAAGCUUUGUCUGUCAAGGAAAGAAAUGUAGCACUUGCUACCACUGUUCGUCAGAGUGCAAAUACAGGCGGUUGGUUGCAAGGAUGGAAAUGUCUGGUGGAGUCUUGCCCCGGUUGCGGUGUGCAUGAGGAGAUGCUAAGGGAUGUUGAGAUAGGUGUCCAAGCAUUCCAGAAGGUAGAAGUUGCCACCAAACAUCGUCCCGCGAUUCACGACAUCCAUCUCACAGUCGUCUCGGAGCCGAAACCGGGCCGCAUCGACCAACUCGGACCGAAGAGUCUUGGAGGCAAAUUUUGGGAAGGAGAUCUUGUGUAUCUGAAAGAAUACGAAGCCUGGUGUGGACCAGCGGAGUUGCUGAUGGGACCUUGCGUUUUCUUUGCUUGGAUCGGUAUUUGCAAGAAAGUUCCCAGAUUCAACGAUCCGAAGAUGCUGGAGGCGUUUUGGACUGCGCAGAUGUUGGGUAUAGUUGAUUAUGACCUGGACCAGGAUGACAGUAAUAUCAAGACUAAAAAGUUUAAGGAGGCGAUGGAGAGGACAGCAAAGAUGGGGGCUGAAAAUGAGGCAAUGAGGGGGGUUGCUUGGACUGGAUUGUUGACCAUGGAUCAGCAGACCUACAAUCGACAGGUCCAAUAUAAAUGGGUCGCAGAAGGAAAAGGCUGUUUCGUCACUGGGCCAAGCGAAAUCUCACCUUACGAAUAUCUGCGAGCUGGUGUCGCAGAUUGUGCUUCCCUGACGCCAUUUGCGCAUCAAACAGCUGCUGAAUACAUUCCCAGUCGCAAAGGGAUGUUCCUCGCCGUCCUGAACUCGAACCUGCACGAUCUAAUCUACGACAUGGGCUCGAGUAGCAGGAUUUCCUGCGCCGGUUAUGCCUUCGCCUCUGGCAGCUUCGAGCAUGACCUGCCUCAAGCAUUCAUUGUCAGUACUAUGGACGCGGCAGCGGAAGCUUGCUUGAAUGGACCCGCAGACCAAUCUGUCCUAUACGGUAACAACACAAAUUUUGUUGCCUGUCUCUGGAAUCUGUUCAACAUUAGGUAUAGGACAUGGGAGCGGCUGAUCAAGUAUACUCGACUUCUCCAAAGAUCGAAUAGUCCGGUCGCAAGCAAGAUUCUGAACCACGCCAAGCAGAACAUGGUUUUCCCAGCUGUCGAUAUAGAAGCUGAUGUUGAGGUCGCAUUCAAGUCGUGUCUUGAGCCAGCGAAUGCUAACAAAUUGGUUCCUCGGGCAUUGCACACCAGUGUUUACACAAUUCCGAGCCCGGUGGAGACUCUGGCUCAGUGCAAGGGCUUCUACUUGCCAGGAUUGUGCGAGUCAUGCAAGGACGCCCUGGAAGAGAACAUUUAUCGCGAAGAUACCAUCCAAACCAUCAAAGGAAUCCCCCAGUUCAUCCUGAACGGCGUGCCAGUUACGCUAGCCGCUGCCGUCCGUCGAGCCUCGAUUUGGGCAACUUCAGAUAAGUGCUGUGAUGGCUGUGCAUGCGUGGUCGGCGAGUGGACAAAUAGUAUAUCCGACAGAGUCACUGUAGCUUCGAUGCAAAGUGAACAGAGGCUAUCUCCGAGAGAUUGGCUUUUGGAGUGUUACGCUAUUGGGUGCGUUGCAUUUUCUCCAUUGCGCCUCAUUUCUAUCACAGGGGGGUUCGACGCUUUUGUGGACAUCCGUUUCGAACCAGGUGCGAUGGGAGAGCAUCGAGACAUAGUUGAUUGCUAAGCAUGCUUCUUUCUGUUGACAGAAGAAUCUUUUUUUUCUGUUGAUGUUGAGGGAUAGGCGAAAGCGUAUUGGCAAUAGUACAUUCGUGGGAGUCGUUUGUAGGAAUAACAUACAUCUUUACGCCUUCGUCUAACGACUCAGUUCGUUAUCGGACAGAUUUGCCUUGCGACAUGGUGGGUUUUGCGUAAUAUGUGAUGUGUUGGAAGCGACUCGCGUUGAUACCCACCUAGGUAUCAUCAUCUUCUCGGCAGAUAUGAUAGAGUUUGGACCAUCCAUCGUGGCUUAUGGAUUCAAAUGCCGAAGUGGCGGAAGGAAACAGAGGCAGAGUUUUCAAUGGUUGUGGGAACCGGAAACGCCGAGAAGCCAUGUAUAUCAACGAAUGCAACAAAGAAGGCGAG